AUGACGCAGCUCAGGGAAUGCGCCGUCGCAGUCAGCUUCAUCUUUCAGUUCCCCGACGGCGAUGAGGAGCGCACGCCGCGAGUCGCCCUGUUUCGCAGGAGCGGACAAGUCAACACAUAUCAGCACAAAUUCGCCCCCAUCUCGGGCGGCGUCGAAGUGACAGACGAAAACCCCCUGGCAACCGCCUGGCGCGAGCUGCGUGAGGAGACAACCCUCACGUCGGCUUCUCUGAGGCUCUUCCGGCAAGGCAAGCCGUAUUCCUUUGCGGACCCCAGCGUUGGCCGCAGAUGGACCAUCAACCCCUUUGGCUUCGUCCUCAAGCCUGCUGCGGAGGGCGGCAGCGGCGAAGAGGGCAUCACGAUAGACUGGGAGCAUGAAGGCUACGAGUGGUUCAACCCCGACGAAGUCACCGACGACGAAUCCUUCCAAGGCGUGCCCCGGCUGAAGGAGAGCCUGAGACGAGUCUGGUUUGAUAUCGAUCUCGGCAAGGAGGCGGGCCGCGCUCUGGCAGCCUCGAUUCGGUCGCUUCAGAAUGACCACGAGAGCGGCGCCGGGCUCCUGGCUAUAGCAGCAUACUACCAUUUGUACGAGGACGUGAUUCCAAAGCUCGAUACAAGUGAUCGAGACAAGUGGUGGAGGAACGUCCGAAUCGCCGCGUGGCACCUGUAUAAGAAUGGCCGUGAAAGCAUGAGUGCGGCGAUCCUCAACGGCAUGCUGUCCAUCCUCGACACCAUUGACCAGAAGCUGCAGUCGAGCAUUGAGGGCACUCCCACAAAAGAGGACGUCGACCAGCUCUGUGAUAACAUCAGCGGAAUCAGGCUGCAGAGAGACAUGGCAGGGGCCAAGAUUGCGAGAGCCUUUUCGGAAUACCUUGAAAACAUCAGGUCCCAGCCAGGCUCCGAUGGCGGCCCUGUCAAGGUCGUCACUCUGUCGGCCAGCUCAACCAUUUCCAACGCCAUCUGCCGCGGCCUCACGUCGCCGCCGCCAUUCUACGUCCCCAUCGACCUGCGCGUGCUCGAGUCCCGUCCCCUUUUCGAGGGCGUCAAGACUGCUCGCCAGAUAUCAUCUGUCAUGCAGGGCAAACCCCACGCCAAGGCCACAUCGAAACUGUCCGUCUACACCGACGCCAGCGCCGCCCUCGCCGCAAAGGGGGCGCAGAUCCUCCUCCUCGGUGCAGACCUCAUUGACAAGUCCGGCAACGUGUGCAACAAGAUAGGCUCGUUGCCUGCCACUCUUGCCGCCAAGCACGUCUCCCCAGACAUCAAAGUGAUUGUGCUUGCGGAAAAGUCCAAAAUAUACCCGUUCGAACCGCCGCCGUGUGAGGAGAACAAGGAAGACGAGGUGGUCGCCGCUUGGAAGAAGGAUGCGGUGAUUGGAUCGACAGCAGUCUGGGAGUUGAGGGGAAACGCGAGUAUACCGAAUGUGUAUUUCGAAUGGGUGCCCGCUGGCCUGGUGGACGUCUAUCUGACCGAGGAUGGUGCCCUGAGCAGGGAGCAGCUCCUUGAGUUGGCCAAGAGGGUGGAAGAAAAGGCUAGUCGUUACUUUGACACUCUUUGA